GGUGAUGGACGUCCCGGCCAGCGUGGCCCCGCGGGCGGAGGGCGGAGGCGUGUCCGCGCCCCGGGAGGUUGCUGGUUCGGUUCCGGGCCGGCACGUACCUGGGUCGCGGGUUCGUCCCCCGCUGGGGUAACGGGGAGGCAGCCAAAGGCUGUUUCUGUCUUUCUCUUCCGUCCUCUCUCAAAAAUACACCCCCUCCUUUUCUUCUUUUUUCCUUGUAGUUAGAAGAGAAAAUAAAAGGCUUUGACUCAUGAAGAAUCUGCUCACUCAGAAGAGUGUAUAUCAAGCCCCUGGUUGAAUUUCCAUUAAAAAAAAAGAGAUUAAGUGGAGAAUGGAGAGGAAGGUUGACUCCAGGUCUUUUAGGGAUGGUGCAGUUAAGAAAUUUUAUUCUCCAAAGAUACUGUCCAACAAGAAGUCUUCUGCCUUCCCUGGGAUCCGGAGUGCGAUACCUCGUUCCGGCCAUCCAGGGCACCACGCUCAGACCCAAAGGGGUCGGUUAAAAGAAUUGCGCCUCAGAUGUGUGGCCAGGAAGUUCUUGUAUUUGUGGAUUCGAAAAACUUUUGGAAGAGUAUUUCCCUCAAAAGCCAGGUGUUACUAUAAGCAAAGGGUGCUCCGGAAGGUCUUUGAAGAAUGGAAAGGAGAGUGGUGGGUUUCCCAGCGGGAGUGGAAGCUCUGUGUUCGAGCAGACUGUUACUACAGGUAUUACUUGUACAGCCUGAUGUUCCAGACCUGGAGGACCUACGUGCACCAGCAGCAGGGCAUGAGGAACAAGUACACGAGAGCCGAGAACUACGAUGCAAAGCAAAAGAUGCGACGGGCCUGGAAGUCCUGGUUGAUAUACGUGGUUUUUCGAAGAACCAAAUUUCAGAUGCAGACCACCGCCCUGGAGUUCAGGCAGCAGAGCAUUUUGUGGGCGUGGUGGAGCGAGUGGAGGCGGCAGCUGGGACAGGUCCGGGUGGGACAUGCUCUCUGUGCCUCAGCUGUGAAGCACAGGGCCCUGAGCCUCAAGCUGCAGGCUUGGUCACGGUGGCAGGAACAGCUCCUGCAUGUCCAGAGAGAGAGACAGAAGCUGGUCUGCGCAGUGAAACACCAUCAGCACUGGCAGAAGCGCAGAUGUCUGAAGGCCUGGCUUGACUACCUGCAGGCCCGGAGGGUAAAGAGACAGCAGAAUGAGAUGGCUGAGCGAUUCCACCACGUCACGGUGCUUCAGACGCACUUCUGUGAUUGGCAGUGGGCCUGGCAGUGGAGGCAGAGCUGGCAUGCUCGCCACGCCCGGGUGCAGGCGCUGGCCGGCAGGAUGGCGCUGCGGCGGGCCUUCACUCACUGGAAGCACUACGUGCUGCUGUGUGCAGAGGACGCUGCCCGGUGGAAGGAGGCAGAGGAGCACUGUCGGCACCGCUUGUUGCACUUCUGCUUUAGAGCCCUCAGAGGCAACGUGACCCGCGCCCGCCUCCAGCGCAUGAGAAGGAAUCUCGCUCACCAGCAGCACGACGUCGGGCUGCUGCGCCGGUUCUGGAACCUCUGGCAGUCUCGGAUCGAGCAGAGGGAGGAGAGAGAGCAGCGCCCCUUACUGCAGGCUGCCUGGGACCACCACAGAAGAACAUUGCUACGCAGGUGUGUCAGGUGGUGGUUACAGCGUAUGCAGAAGAGGCGAGACAAGCAGCUGCUACAGGCCAGAGCAGACAGGCACUUCCAGCAGAGAACCCUGCCUGCAGCCUUCCAGGCGUGGAGGAGACUGUGGCGAUGGCGCCUGCAGGAGAGCGUCCUGGAGGCCAGAGCAGCACGCUUCCACAGGGAGACAUUAGAGAAGCAAGUAUUUGCUAUUUGGUGGCAGAAGAUGUUUCGGCAUCAAGAACAUCGCUUGGCAGAGAGAAUGGCUGUCCUUCACGCGGAGCGGCAGCUCCUGUGCAGGUGCUGGUCCACGUGGCACCAGCGGGCGGCAGCACGUCGCCAGGAGCGGCAGUGGCAAGCAGUGGCCCGUGCCCACCACCGCCAGGCGAGGCUCAGGACGGCUUUCUGCACUUGGAGGGAGAGCGCCCGAGGGCUCAGAUCAGAGAAGACGGGCGGGGUGCUGGCGGCAGCGUUCCUCUCAGCGCGGCUCCUGCGCGGGGCCUGGCACCGGUGGAGGGAGUGCCUGACCCUGCGGGGCACCGAGCGGCAGAAGCUGAUGCGCGCAGACCUGCACCACCAGCACACCCUGCUGCACCGGGCGCUGCACACCUGGGGGGCUUACCAGAGCCGCGUGCGGAGCGUCCUUCAAGAGGUGGCGGCCAGGGAGAGCCAGCACCAGAGGCAGCUGCUGUGGUGUGUGUUACGUCGCUGGAGGGAGAAUGCAGCGGCCUGCAUGGAGGAAGGAAGGAAAACCUCUCGAGCGAGGGCUCACUACCAAAGGGGCCUGUGCCUCAAGGUCUUGACCCGGUGGCGGGAGGCCGCGGCGGUGCAGAUCUACCGCCGGCAGCAGGCGGACUGUGCCCUCCGGGAGGCCCAGCGGGUGCUGGCGAGGGGCUGUCUCAGGACCUGGUUUCGGCGCUGGCGGGCCCGGGGCCAGAGGGUAGCCCAACAGCGAGCCCAGCUGGAGAGGGCGGCGCGGCAUUACCGUCGGCAGCUUCUGCUGCAGGGCCUGGCCUGCUGGAAAGUGCACCACCUGGGCUGCGUCAGGAAGCGGCUGCUGCAGAGGCGGGGCGCCCAGCUCCGGGCCCAGACACUCAGCCGGUCCUGCUUCCGCCAGUGGCGACACCAGCUAGAGAACAGGCGGCAGGAGCAGCGGGACACAGCUCGGGCCCUGUGGCUCUGGGCCUUCUCUCUUCAGGCAAAGGUGUGGGCUGCGUGGCUGGGCUUCGUGCUGGAGAGGAGGAGGAAGAAGGCGAGGCUGGAGCGGGCGGUGCAGGCCUACCACCAGCAGCUCCUCCAGGAGGGCGCUACCUGCCUCCUGCGGUUCACAGCGGACAUGAAGGCCCUCCGGCAGCAGCUGCAUGCCCAGCAGCAGGUGCAGGUGGCCCACAGCCUCCACCGGGCAGUCCACCGCUGUGCCAUGCUCUGGAAACAGAAGGUGCUGGGCCCCGGCCGGGCGCCUCCCCCCACCUCCACUCUGCCCAGCAGGAGAGUGACAUUCAGGGGCCCCCUUCCCGACCACAUCAGCGCUGCUGCUGGAGAUGCCGCCCCGGAGACCAGGAGGCCUCGAGCCCCUCGCAGGCCACAGGGCACUCUGGGUAGCCUGGCCCUGGAUGCCGGGGACCCCCCCCUCCUGGAGCUCAGAGCCGUCCGCUCCGCAAGGAAGCAGCCACGACGUCCUAACUUCUUGCUGGAGCCCUUGCAGAGCCAGAGGCCCCUGGGGGGUGGCAGCCUCGGGGGACAAGGGUCUGAGACGCCGAGGGAGCGAGACCUAGGCCUGGCCCCGCCCACAGGCUCUUCCCUGACGAGGCCCUUCUCGGAAAAGGCCCAGACAGUCCUGGUCCCAAGCAGCGCCAUGCCCCAGCCUGGGGCCCUGCCAAGUGCCUCUGGCCUGAAGUUGGUGCCCAUGGCGAGUACAGGCCCGCAGUUGCUGCCCCCUUCCUCCUUCAUGCCCUGUGGGGUGGGCGCACCCACCGAGGCAUCAGCAUGGCUGACCUCCCCUGGCCUUAUGCCCCAGGCCCCUCUAUCCCUGGCCAGUGUCCCCGACCCCCAUCUGCUCCUUCCUGAGGCCCUCACAGGUGGGCCUGGCUCUGAAACUGCAGGUGUGCACCUGAGGUCUGUCAGCGCCUGGGUCCCCUCCAUUCAGCCUGGGCCCAGCUGGGAGCGUGGUCAAGAUCAAGUUCAUUGUCCUGUUGCCCUGGGCCACAGCGACCUGGAGGCUGAGCUUGAGAGCAUCCAGCGGCAAUUGCAGGACUACCAGAGCAUGAAGCAGAGCCUCCGGUCCUACCAGCGGCAAGCGAGCAGCCUGCGCCGGUGGCUGGAGCUGAGCCGGGAGGAGCCCAGGCCCGAGGACCAGGAAGCUGAGCAGCAGGUGCAGGAAGAGCUGCAGGAGGUGAGGUCCCCGGCCCCCCUGGGAGGGGCUCUGGCUGUGCUUCCUCUCAGCACGGCCGUCCCUCCCUGCCCGCAGGUGGAGCUGCAGGCCCAGCAACUGGGAGCAGAGGUGAGCAGAGGGGAUGACGUAGGUCUUGGGCAGGACCGGGCUCUGGCCUCGCCCGCACCUCUGGGACAGCAGGAGCAGAAGUGA